UAUCACAACAUACAACACCAAAACAUAACCUCCAAGAUUGCAAUGUAUAAUGUAACCAUUGAUGUAUUAUCAUAAUGUAUAGUAUAUAUCAAUGAAUGUAACUAAUGAAAAUAUUGAUGAAAAAAGGAUAGAUUGUUAAAUAAACACAACGACAAACGAAAAUGCCAACGAUAAUUUUGCUUGAUGUGUCUUUAUCGAUGUCAAGACCAGUCAUCAGUUCGGAUUCAAUUGAAAAUCACACAAGAUCUUCAAUAGCUGUCGCGGCAAUAAAUUCAUUUUUAGAUUACUUAAGCGUUCAUGCCAAAUUAGAGUACGUUGCGUUAGUGUCGUUUUCAUCAGUUCACGAUGUUGCUGUACCAUUCACUAGAGACUUUGACAGUAUUAGAACUAAACUGCCACAGAUAGAAGAAGGUGACAAAACAUGUAUUGACUCAGCAUUACUAGGAGUGAAUCAGCUCGUGAUGAAUGAAUGGGGACACCAAACACCUAUACAAAUUAUUUUGAUAACUGAUGGAAGCAGUGGAGUUGGUGCUAUUGGAAGGAACAGAAUAAUUCAAUCAUUACCUCUACCUACAUUAUAUCCUGUCAAAAUACAUAUAUUACCGAUAGUAUCACCACAUGAUCCCUGUUUACAACAUGCUAUGCCUUUAUAUCAGAAAAUUAUUGAUCAGGCUACUGUCACUGCAAACAAUUCCAAUGGAACUAUUUCCCGUGGCUCCAUAUACUGUCCAGAACAACUCUCAGUGUCUAGUGUGAUAGCUGCUAUGACUCGUCUAUGUGAGCAGCACUACCAAGAGUUCUGGUGUUCUCUCAAAUGUGGUCAACUAGAAGCCCGCGUUCAGUUGUUCCCUGCACCUCAAACUGUCUCGCAUGAAAGCCUAACAGCCACAUACACUCUAUCCAAUCAGUUGCAUAUCAUUGGAUUUGUACAGCAACAAGACCUCGGCACACCUAUUGCCAUAAGCAAACAUCUUGUGAUACCGCAAGCCCAAAUAAAUAAUAAUACCUCUGGUAGAGAAAACUACGGAUCUAAAACUCCCACUAAGGAUGGAUCUACUACUGAAAAUAUUACGACAGAGGAAGAAAUGUCAGAUCCCAGCAAGAUUCCCAAUUUUUGCGUUUUACUACAUGGAGCUCUUAAGGUGGAAGGUAUGUCGGCAAUAAUACUGCUUGGGACGGAAUGGUGGGGAACACUUUCCGCGUGGUGUGAAGCAUCCAGAGCACGGCGCUCCUGUUUGCUCCUAAGUGUCCUGAAACCAGGAGUCUCUGCUGCACCUUGGCUCGGCCCUCUUGACCAACUGGGACCACCUGAAGAAGGAAGUGCGCCAACUGAAGUAUUUCCUGUCCGAGCUUGGCGCUCUUAUAGUGGCGGUGGAGGAUCUGGUAGCACUUGGGCAAGACCGCACGCACUACUUGCUGACGUACAAAAAGUUUUACGCCAUGCACGUAAACUUCCAGAUAAAACGCAACAUCUUUACAAGGAACUAAAUCGGCUGCGACGUUCAGCGAUAUCUCUCGGUUUUUCUGAACUUCUGACGUGCGUGAGUACUGCUUUAGAGAGGGAGUGUUCUGCAUUGCCAUCUAAUGCACCACCUGAAUGCGCAUUACAGUUGGCACAUGCUAUUGCUGCGCUACGGGAUCCAAGAACAGCCUUCGAUAUCAAACACACCUUACAACCAAUUGCCGCUAACAUCACGUUAACGUCGAUGUCCCAUUGAUGUCAUAGUUGAGAAUAAAUAUUUUUUUGGCCGAAAACCGA